GUCAUUUCAGUGUCAGUCGGUAUACAAUAUAUUUAUAUAUCUGAGAUUUUGCUGUUUGAUCUGUGCACUUAAUUGUUUAAAUUAUCACAUCUUUAUCAGUGUCAAUCACGCUUUAUGACGUGCAUGUAUUUUCAAUCAAAGUAGGAUUUCAUUUAUUCAUUUUGCCGCUCAGCCAUAAAAAGGGUUAUAUACCGAAAUGUGAAAAUCAUAUCAUGGAACCAGACACAGACAAUAACACAGUAAAAUCUGACGCAGAAGUAACUGAUGCAGCUAAUUUGGGAGCGCUUAAAGAAGCAAUAAUUAGACCUUUGAAAAAACUACUGCAUCUCUCAAAUGAUCCUGUGUCGUGGGAUGAGAGCGACGAAUACAAAUUUACCCAUCCAUGCCGGGGUAUUGUUGUGAUCUUCAACAUGGAGCGUGUAAAAGGAGAAAAUGUGGAUUCAGAAUUACGCGAAGGUUCUAGUAUUGAUGUAGACAGUCUGAAGGAAACAUUCAAGAAUCUUGGAUUUAAUAUAUGCUACAAGGAAAAUCAAACGAAAAAACAAGUAAUGGAAACUCUGGCCAAAGAAUCAAAACGGGAUCACAGUAAUGAAGAUUGUUUCGCCUGUGUAAUACUCACUCAUGGUGGCAGUUACUAUCGCGUACAUAAAACUGAAUCAUCGCACAAGAGGGAAGAUAUGAUCAUGGCGGCUGACACUCCUUUGCUUACCAGCGAUCUUUUAAAGCUUUUUCAUGACAACGAAUGCAAAACGUUGAAAGGAAAGCCAAAACUCUUUUUUGUACAGGCAUGUAGAGGAGACAAGUUUGAUAAAGGUGUAUACUUACAAGUGGAAGAUGAAGUUGAUGCUAAACCUGCAGAUGAUUCUAUGGAGUUCUCCCCAUGUCCAAUUUACAAGGACUUCUUGAUUAUGUAUGCAACGCCACCAGGUUUCUAUGCAUUUCGGCAUCCAGAAAAGGGUUCCUGGUUUAUUCAAGCACUUUGUAAGACGCUCUCAAGUCCUGGUGUAAGAAACAGGUCACUUCAUCAACUGUUGACAUCUGUGAUACAUUGUGUCUGUGUUGAAUACGAGGCUCAGGCAUUACAAUUCUUAGGAUAUAAACAAACUCCUUGCUUCGUGUCGAUGCUAGUCAAAGAUGUGUAUUUCAGACCAAAGAUCAAGUCCAUACCUAUUUAACGUGUUAUACAACGCCCAGAUUUGAUACACUUACUAUACAGUAUUUGUGUACAUGUGAAAUAAAUAUGUUUGUGUAUAGACAGUUUAAGUCAAAUAGAAAAACAGAGAAUAGAGAUUGAACCUUGCAGUAUGGUAUAUGAAAGGUUUUAUUGCAGCUUUCUGUCUUUUAAGGUACAUGCACAUUGAUCAAGAAACCGCUGCAUGAUGUUUUUUCAUAUUUAGCAAAAUAUUACCAUGAACACAUUUUUUAUUUUAUCCAGUAGAUCUAAGUGGAUGCUUACUAAACAAACAUUUAACAUAACUAUUCUAUCUUUAAAAUUCAAUAGGUAAUGAAAAGGAAGCAAAGUGUAGUUGUAUUGGUUUAGAACCCUUUAUUUCAUGAUAAAGGACCUUUCGUUAUAAUGUACAUGUAAAAUGUAAAAAACGGAAGUUUCAGGAUAAUUCUAAUUACGUUUCAUCUGAGAAGAAUAUUUCAGUUAUACUCUAAACAAAUUACUUAAAUGUUUCUUCCUUUAAAAGUUUUAUUAUAACCUUGUGUUGUCUUCCAUUUACAUGACAACCUUGAAUAAAUAUAUUAUAUUUCAUUUCAAGAGAAUAUAUUACCACAAAACUGUAUAAACUUUCUCCGAUUUUCUAAUUGUCUUGAAAGUAUUCAUCAUAUUCUUUAACCUUUAGCCUACCGGCGGUAAUUGAUUCUGCCUUUGCCUGCACAUCUUUUUAGGCUGAUCAUUGUCUGCGCUGUUUGCUGUUCAGUCAGUACAUUUUCAGUGGGCAUCCCUUCGAAUAGUAAAUGGUAUUGCCCAAAUUGAAUAAUGGACAAGUUCAUUUUAGAAAUUUAGCAGGGUAAAGGUUAAAUUUGUCAUGUGAAAACUUCAUCUUUUUCGCGAUAAGAAGACUUAUUGACACAAUGCAGUAAGCAGAAAUUAUUUGAAUUAAAGUGUUACUAAAUAUAUAUUAAACAAAAGCCAACAUGC